GAGCCCGGUUGUCGGGCCUCGGGAGCGCGCGCCGGGGCCGCCUCCCCCCGCGCCGCUGGGCAGGAUGGUCCGCUCCGAGGGUGAGGCGGGCCGCGCGCCGCGGGCGGAAGGAGCUCGAGCUGCGUCGGCUGGUUCGAGCGGACGGCGGCGGCCGCGGAGUUGCGGCUUCCCCGGAGGCGCGUGACACCUGCCGGCUUGUCCCCGAGGGUCUCGGCCGGGCUGCGGGCAGCGCUGCGUGCCCGGGAAGGCCGUUCCUCGAGCCUGCGCCUGCGCCUACUGACCGGACCGGCGCGCGCUCGGCCCCCAUGUCGGCCUUCGCCAAGAGCUACAACCCGUUCGACGACGACGGGGACGAUGAGGGCGCCCGCGGCCUCUCGGACGGCUCCGGCCCGCCCGCCGACCGGCAGCAAUACCUGCGGCAGGAGGUGAUGCGGCGCGCCGAGGCCACGGCCGCCAGCUCGGGCAGGUCCUUGGCCCUCAUGUACGAGUCCGAGAAGAUAGGGGUGGCCGCCUCCGAGGAGCUCGUCCGCCAGCGAGGAGUCUUAGAACACACAGAGAAGAUGGUAGACAAGAUGGAUCAAGAUCUGAAAACCAGCCAGAAGCAUAUAAACAGCAUUAAGAGUGUGUUUGGGGGGCUAGUCAAUUACUUCAAACCCAAACCGGCAGAGGUCCCACCUCAGCAGAAUGGCACCCUCCCCUCCCAGCCCAGCAGCAGGUUGAAAGAAGCCAUCAGUACAAGUAAAGAGCAAGAUGCAGCGUACCAGGCCAACCACCCAAACCUCAGGAAGCUGAAUGACUCAGACCCCAUCCCUAGUGGAACUGGCUCUGCUGUGAGUUCCGACGUUUACCCAAAGAAUGCCCAACUCCGAGCCUAUCAUCAGAAGAUUGACAACAAUCUAGAUGAGCUCUCCUUAGGACUGGGCCGACUGAAGGGCAUAGCACUGGGGAUGCAGACAGAAAUCGAGGAGCAAGAUGACAUUCUGGAUCGCCUUACGAACAAAGUGGAGAAGUUAGAUGUCAACAUAAAGAGUACAGAAAGAAAAGUUCGACAACUCUAAAGAUAAAUUUCUACCCAAUUAUGAUGAAAAAGAUUUGAAAGAUCCUUUAAAUUCCUAAGAAAUUUCACUUAUUUUAUUAUGUACUUUAUAUGUGUUUGCAAUUGUUAUAAUAGAGUGGGUCUUAAGAGGCCUUGUAUGUCCCACUUUUUCUAAGAGCCAACACAUCUAAGUUCUUUGAUCUGCCCAUUUUGAGUUUUAGUCUGACAUUGUAGCCUAACUUCUGAGUCUACAAUAUUGGAAUGAGAAAAGUUACAUUUCUCACAUUAGUGACCAGAGGGAAAGAUGUAAGCAGAGAAAAGGAGAUUUGAUUAGAGUCCCAGUCUUGGGGGCCAGAGAGGUGGAUGUAUGUCAGAGCACAAGCUUUAUGUGCCUGAACCUUGGGUCAGUCCCUGGCACCUCGUGGUCCUCCAUGCACCAUGUGGGAGCAGCCUCAGCACUGCCAGGUGUGACUCAAAACAAUUAUUGUUGGACCCACCAAUCUCUCCCUACUGACUCUAUCGCAGAUCUUUCUGUGAGGGAGUGUCUGGGGACCCUGUGUGCCACUCUUCUAGAAGGGACUCCUUCCCACCCCUUCCCAUCUCCCGGUAUCAUGCAUUUUAGUGGGUAUAUAGACCUGAAAAUGUUGUCACUCUGGUACCUGGAAAUGGGAAGGAAAUUGACUAAGCCCUUUUUUCUCAACAUGGCAUUGGCUAUGUGACUUUGCUAAUUUGAUAUUGUAUCCCAUAAAUAAAACCCUUCAAAGCAAAGGAAACUUCUUUUAAGUGCUGUGGCAGUCCUUCAGUAUUUGUGUAGUAUUUGUGUAUAGAAAACUUAUCCUGUAAUACAUGACUUUCCUAAAAAUACUGACAGCCUCUUGUUCAAGCCACUUCACAGUCUUAUUUCUCCAUGUCACUGAAUAUCCCAGGAUGUGAGGACAUGAUUCAAGGUCAUCAGAAUCACACACUUGUCCUUCAGGUGAACUCAUCAUGAUUCUUCUAUGGAGAACUGGUCAAAGGAAGUGCUAAACUAUACACCCCUCACAAACAAGUGCUCAGGGCUCUCAGAAGGCUGCUCAGAAGUUGAGAGAGAGAAUAACUCCUUCUUCCAUGUAUAUCCUCAUUACUUCCUGAUUGUCAGCAUCAGACAUAGAUCCAUGAAGCUUCAACCAUUAUACUUCAGACCUAAACUUUUUUUGCAAAUAAAUGCAUGUAAAGCUGCCACCAGACAUUCUCUUCAGAGGAUGAUAUUAUCCUCCUUAGUAGAUCAGUGAUUUAACUAACGUGAAGCAAAGUAGCACUUCAUGUACCUUCCCUGUCUGUUGCUAGGCUAAAGUCAAUCCUACCCACUCAUUUUUUUCCUAUCCCAAUAAUAUGGAAAGAGUUCCCCCCCCUUAUGCUAAAAAUUUGUCUUCCAUAUCAGAGGACCUGUUACAUUAUAUCUUGUUCUUAAACAUAUCUUUAAAUUCUUGGCCAACCAACAGUCUUAAGCAAUGUGCUAUCUGGAAGCUUGUGUGUGUGUGUGUGCUCAUUCGCAUGUUUGUGCAUGUACAUGUAUGUGUACACACCUGCCACAUCCAGUGGUACUCAGAGGCUACCCUUUGUGCUGUGCCUGAGAAUUAACACUUAGGUGACCAUGGGUGCUGAGAAUUGAACCCAGGGCUCCCACAUGCAAGGCAUGAGCCCCAGCCUUUUGAACUAUUAUCUUCAGACCUCUGCUAGGUCUUUAUUCCUGCUCCCAUGCCCAGGAAAGGCUGAUUAUUUAUGGCAACUAUAAAGCAAAUUUUCUGGGCCCUGGGGCUAGCCUUGCAAACAUGAAGUUGUGAAUUUGAUUAUGUAUUGCCGUAUGUGCCAAGUUUGUGAUCUCCAGUGCACCUCAAAGAACUCUGAGCACAGUGACUGAGUAUAUGUGAAUACUACUCCCAGGAGUGCGACCCCUAGUAAGAACAUGUGUAAACACCACAACCAAGUGUGCAACCCCAUCUUUGUAAUAGCAAAAACAAGAUGGAGACCAGAGCACUAGUACAGUGGGUAGGGUGUUUGCCUUGCAUACAGCCAAACCAGGUUUGAUCACUGCCAUCUUACAUGGCCCCCCAAGCACAGCCAGGAGUGAUUCCUUUGUGCAGAGCCAGGAGUUAACCUGGACAUCACUGAGGGUGACCCCUCCCCCAAAAAAAGAUGAAGGGAGGGGAAUAAAUUGUAUGUAUAAAUUAUAUCUGUAUACACAUGUGAAAGUUCCUUGCAAUUUUAGAGAACACAGGAAGAUCUGAGGAGCUGUCAGAAUCUUUGCACUUGAUAAUGAUCAAAAAGAAAGCAUCUUUAGGGCUGGGGUAAGGUACUUGCCUUGCAUGCAGCAGGCCCGGGUUGGAUCUCCAGCACCCCACAUGGUCUCCCAAGCCCGCCAGAAAUGAUCCCCAAGUGCAGAGCCAGGAAUAAUCCCUGAGUACCACUGGGUGUGACCCAAAAAUAUUUUUUAAAAAAACACGUAUUAACAUGCCUCAUGAAGAUGCUCGUUUUGGCUAGGUUAUGGGCUUUGGUACCACAGAGAAGAUGAACUUGUCCUUGCCUUGCCACAUGGAGUCCUUAAGACAUAUCUGUGUGUAUAGUUACGCUGGAAACAAAUUGUGCCUUCCAAAAAUGUGGCUUUUCUAACUUUGGGUUGAUUAUAUGUUAAGUGUGCUACUAACUUAAAAAUAAGUGCAUUCUCUUUCAGAGGAAAUGAUUUGUAACAUCUAGUGAUUUUUAAUUUAACAGCAGUGAAGUCUCCUCUUUCUUGCAUACAGUAGGAAAUCAGACCUGAAAUGAACUCAAGCAGCAACAAGAAGAAUAUACAAGUGCACUUUAAUUUCUUCCUGUAAAUAUGUAAUUAUAAGUGUACACUACACCUGACUUGACUAAAAACAUUAUACUUUGCCUAGGGCCUUUGUUUCCUGCAAAAUUUUUGAAAUUGUUUUAUCUCUGUCAUGCCCUCCUCCCCCCUCAAAUGAUAAGAAUCAUUUAAUAUACUAACAAUGUUACCAUCUUCAGUUCCGAUGAAUGGAAUGCUUUUGUACAAAAUUAUGAGUGAGUCAUUAUAAGUGCUUAUGGAAGGGAGGGUCUUUUUGUUGUUUUAAGUAUGUAUCACAUUAGCUCAUACAGCAUGCCUUCAAGUCAACAUGAUGAGAUUCCAUCGAAUAAAAUGUGAAGUUUUCUAAUCAAA